AGUAUCUUCCAGUCAUUCGUGAGAUCUUCACAUUGAAACGGUCAAGAGGCGUCUUGAGCACGUGUUUUAUUUUUCCCCUAAUAACACCCAGUCCAGUUGAAAGAAAGUGCCCCCAAGAUCCGCAUUUGCAAUAUUUAAAUUUGGGAAUUUCUCUACAAAAUUCCAGAUUUUUUGUCUUCACUAAUAUUUAGUGCAAUAAAAUGAAGAAAGUAGUGUUCUGUGGGUUAGUACUAGUUCUUAUGAUUGGAAGCGGAAAAUCCCAAGACAGCCUUAUUGAUCGGGUUCAGAUGGUCUUUGGCCCAGGAGGAAAUGCAUCAAGAGCCACUGGUGGAUUUGGAGAAAUUGUCACGCCAGAACCAAUAGUUGAGCCAACAUCAGCUCCUCAGAUACUGACCACAGACAGCGGGCAGCAAUGCACAUGCGUUCCCUACUACCUCUGUGACCCAACUACAAACACCACUAUCAAAGAUGGACGGUUCGAUGGCUUUGGCCAAAUUGAUAUCCGCUUCGAUCCUCGGUCAUGCCAGGAUGUCCUGGAUGUAUGCUGUUUGGGUGAGAAACAGCGUGAGGAACCCAUUAUGCCAUCACCUCCCACCACUAACUCCCAGCCUAACAGACCCCGUGGUUGUGGCAUCCGAAAUGUCGGUGGACUGGACUUUACUCUGGUGGGAAGUACGAAUGAGGCCGGUUUUGGGGAAUUCCCAUGGACUGUUGCUCUCAUUCGGAUUCGUGAUGAUGCUUGUCUCUGUGGUGGAUCGUUGAUUCACCCCAGUGUCAUUCUCACGGGAAAUCACUGUGUACGCCUGAUCCCACCCAAUGAGAUCAAAGUACGCGCUGGGGAAUGGGACACUCAGACUACAAAGGAGCGCCUUCCAUUCCAAGAACGCACUGUAUCGCAAAUAAUUUCCCAUCCCAGCUACAAUAUCAAAACACUGGCCAACAAUGUUGCCUUAUUGGUGGUAACAUCUCCAUUCCAAAUCAUGGAUCACAUCAGUCCCAUCUGUUUGCCUCCGCAGAACUACCUCUCAACCAGCGACUCUUGCUAUGCCACCGGAUGGGGAAAGGACAUUUUUGGAAAGGCAGGAAAGUACAGUGUUAUCAUGAAGAGGGUCAAGCUGCCAAUGGUUCCUAAUCAGAAAUGCGAAGCUGCUCUGCAAAACACUCGCUUAGGAUCGAAAUUCUUUCUCGAUCCAACCUUUGUCUGUGCUGGAGGAAUUCCCGGAAUUGACACAUGUACCGGCGAUGGUGGAGCGCCACUUGUAUGCCCCGUGGGUCCUCCCGGAGCCAACACAUACGUCCAGACGGGAAUUGUUUCCUGGGGCAUUGGCUGCCAUGCAAACCAUCCAGCUGUCUACUCUCAUGUCUCGCUGUUUCGCAAUUGGAUUGAUGGUCACAUGAACAGACUCAAUUUCGGCACGAGUUCCUACACUGCCCAGUGAAACUAAAGCAGAAGAUCUUCGAGGUAUUCAUUGAAUUCAUCUUCCCUUGUCUUGUCUUCCACGGGAGCAUCUGAGAAAAAGAGAUAAAAUUAUGUUAGAAUAUAGAAAAAAAGGUUUAAUCUUAA